AAACACAUUUGUACGCAAUGACGGACGGUAAAUACAAUUAUUCACACUUUCGUACGACAAAGUAUUUAGAGUUUCUCGACAGUUGGAGAGAAGAUAAACUGCCUGAUGACGACAUUGCCGUCCCGCUCAAACAUCAACCUUCGGUAUCUGAAGAUGGAAUUCUCCUCCUUGAACAUCAGCAGGGCGCAAAAAAGUGGAAGGAAUUAGCUUUAGAUUUCUUUAAGAACGAGACUCCGAGCGUCCAGAUGAAAUCUCAUGGCGGCGGGUCAGCACAGCAAAUCAAUUGA